GAGUGCGCCCUGGAGGUGAAGCAGCCGCCCUCCCGCGCGGACCGCCUCGCGGAGUCGCUGCUCGCAGGCGGCCAGAAGGCUGCCAGCAGCAUCGGCCACGGCUCGGAGAGGGCCUCGGAGAGCCUCAAGCGUCAGGGCGCGGCCGUGCGCCAGAAGGUCGGCAAGGCGUCCGAGGAGAGCAAAGUCUCGGAGGGCACGAAGCUGGGCGUGACUGGGCUCAAGACCGCCACCGGCACCGUGGUGAUCGUCACCGGGGCCGUCGUCGACGGGCUGAUGGACAUGGCCACCGAGGUGGGCAAGCAGGUCACCAGGUCUCCAGACGGCGAGCCCAAAGCGGAUGGAGCCGUCGCGAAGGUCACCAGAGCGGCGGGGCAGGCCAGCCUGCAGGUGCUCGAGGCCCUUUUCAAGGCUGGCGACCGGCUGGCGAAGGAGCUGUGCGACGAGACGGCCGCGGUCGUCGCCCACCGCUACGGGCAGGAGGCCGGCGGCGUCACCAGGGAGGCACUGGACGCGGGGAGGGACAUCGGCUCGGUGGUCACCACCUUCCCCAACGCGGCGCUGACCGCCACUAGGCUGACCCUGAAGGCGAGCCUGUACACCACCAAAGGUCUGGUGGAGGGCAGAACGGGUGACUUCAACACCAACAACAACAGCGGUGCGAGCUCCAACAAGACUCCAGCUCUCAAGUGA